GUCACACUCCCGUCGAGUGGGAUCCUCCUACCUAGGUUUCACUCCCCCACAUCCCUCUGCCCUGCUCGACGGCGUCGCCGCCGUUUUUCUGCCGCCGCCGCCAUGUCCGUCCCCGCGGAAGGCCGAGCUUCAUCUCGUCUCCGGUCUUCCCCUUCUCCCCACAGCGACGGCAGGACGGCGGUCGAGAGACUCACCGACGACCUCCUCGUCGAGAUCCUCUCGCGCGUCCCGGCCAAGUCGCUCUGCCGCUUCAAGUGCGUCUCCAACCACUGGCUGACCCUCAUCGACCACCCCGAACACCGCAAGAAGCUCCCCCAGACACCGGCCGGCUUCUUCUACGGCAGCGCCAUCACCGGCGACUGGCUUCUGAAAUCCCCUGUCCAUUUCACCGAUUUCCCGGGGAGACGCUCCCCUCCGUUCGACACCUCUUGCACCUUCAUGCCCAACCAUCGGCGCGUCGAUAUAUUGGACUGCUGCAGCGGCCUCCUACUCUGCCGCGGGUACGAUGUCUCCGCCCAGGGUGAUGGGUUCCGCUAUAUCGUGUGUAAUCCUGCCACGGAGAAGUGGGUCGUGUUGCCGAACUCCGGCAAGGCCGCCAGCGAGGUGGCCACCACACGCUUGGGCUACGAUCCUGCGGUGUCUUCGCAUUUCUAUGUGUUUGAGUUGGUAAAUGAGCAGGAGUUUUAUUGGGAUCCUGACAUUGUCGGAGUGGCAGUAUAUUCGUCUGAAACCGGAGGAUGGGUUUAUAAGGAAAAGAAAUGGAACGCACAAAUCAGGCUCAUUGACCAUCGGUUUGCAUCUGUCUUCCUUAACGGCUAUCUACAUUUUGAAGCCGAUUGUCGCGGGUCGUCCCCUUGUCUAGCUGUGGUGGACACGGAGGGGGAAACAUGGAUGAACUUCGGUGUCCCUGAUGGUCUGUUUGAUGGUUUUAUUCAGUGGUCACAGGGCCGCCUGCAUUAUGCCAAUUUUCAGAGAGAUGAAGAUGGUUUUACCAUCGUAGUAGUUUAUGUUCUCGAGAACUAUCAAAGCAGAGAAUGGGUAUUGAAGCAUAGCGUCAAAACUUCAUACAUAAUUGAAGCACCUCUACUUGAAUGGGUAGAUUUCCACCUUGAUCGGGACUUUGAUUGGAUUGCGAUUCAUCCAGAAUGCAACAUGAUAUUUUUCACUACUAGUUGGGAUGCCACAUUCACGUGCUAUAAUAUGGAUAGCAGACAAGUCAAACUGAUCUCUGGUCUUGAAGUUCACGAGCCGCCAUAUAUGCCAUAUGUGCCGCUGUAUGCAGAGUUACAGUCAUUGCACAUUUGACAUCAAUAUGAGACUGUUGGUGCCUUAAGGAGUGGAUCUUUGACAAGCAUCAUCAGUUUCUCAUGCUAUGUGAUAGCGGGCUUGGUAUGUCUGCUUGAAUUGGGCUCUCUGACUGAUGUAUCCAUGCUUUUAUGUUUGGAGAAACCGUGGUUCAUCGUGGAAUGAACUUGGUCUAUUUCUCUGUGAUUAGUUAUCUGACUUUGCACUGAACUUUCUUAUCUCCGUACUGGUUUGUGCAUAUGUAUGUAUUUGGACAACUGCUACCUCUAUGUAUUCGGUCAACUUUGCGUAGUGUUUGAGCGAAUGUACUAUGACCAUUUAGUAAAAGACAUGAUCAAUGGUUAUCAUGCAGGUUAACUUUAUAUCUUCUAUUAGCGAGCUGUGGUUGGAUUGUAAUGUUCAUGAUAUUGUUAGGUUUUUUAAGUGCUCCAGGAAAUUAGCAAUAUGCUAUCUUUGCUUGUGCCUUUUGCUCAGGUAGGUAUAGCUUAAAACAGUCUUAAUUAAGCAACGCCGUUCACUUUCCAUGCUAGUUUUGCUCCUUGUUUUACUAAGAUACCUGUAAUGUUGCACAUGGCUCUGCGUAGUUGCUGGGCUACGGUUCCGUCUUCCAACCUUGCAAGACAAACUGGAGCUAUCCUGGUCUUACUGUAAUCCUGUUGUUAGCUUGUCUCUGGUGUUCAGGAAACUUUCUCUGGUGACUUGAAUGAAGUUAGAAGGUACUAUGAUCAUUAUGUGAAGACAUGAACAAGGAUUACCAUGCCGCUUAAACUUCUCUUGAGCACCAUCAUGCAACUUAAUUUUUAUCUUCUAGUUGCAGCCAUGGGAAAUUUUAAGCAUCUUAUAGGCAGUGAUUUAGUAAGGGCCACUUGUAUGCUAGCAAUAUAAUGUGUGAAAUUCUGUUGAUGAUGUAACACCGCGAAUCAUUUCUCUUUACUGCUAAUGGUUUGGAAUUAAAAUAUUUAUUGCUAUGUGUUAGUGAAACACUUUUGAUGAGUACAUGUCGCUUCCUCUGAUCAUAAUGUUGUUAGCGGAACAUUGCCAAGCUAUCCUUGGAUCAUAAUGUUUAUUGUUUUGUUAGUUUUCUGAACAUAAAGUUGCUCCAGUAGACCAUGAGCUUCUAGUUAUACUAGGAUGCCUGUAAUGUUGGAUGUCUAGUCAGUAAAACCUGGGAUCAUUUUUCUGUUGGACGAAGGGGUCAGUUUAUUAGGUAACAGCAGCACAGGUCAGCAUGCCAGGGUCACUUAACAGUUGGCCAUAGGUUCAGUUUAACUUCUGAGUUGGUCAGCGGAGUGCGCCUUCCCCUCUAUGGCAGUGCCAUUGUCAAGUGGAAUAAAUACCAAGAAUCUUUCAAGAAAUUGUGUUUGCUUGUGGGUAUUUAACUAUUUAUUCAUGUAGGUAGGUUCAAAUAGCGUGCAAUAAGCAAUGUUGUACACUUCCCAUGGCAGUCUUUCACAUAGUUUACUGGUGAGACAUCCCUUUUAUUAUAUGAUGUCUGUAAUGAUGCACAUACGCUCUGUCCAGUCCAGUGCAGCUUUGCAGCGUUGUUUCUGAAUUUUGAUUUUUGACGUCAUAUAACACUUGAGCAGCAAGUGGCUGUAUUGACUCUCUGUAGCAGCAAGGUUCCGGUUUCAGCCUCAAGCAUCCAAGGCAAAACUGAAACUAUCCUUGUAUUCCUAGUAUAUAUUCAGCCUCCAGCCUCCAAAUUUGCACGUCAUAUAUUCAGUCCCUUUCAUAUUUUAGUGAAAUGAAAAUGCCUUCUUUCCUCCAUGUUAGUGCCAUUCUUACGUGGAACCAAAUUUAUGUUCUUCACUGUUGGGCAGGAUCUCACAUUCAUUAUGGAGUGAACAUGGUUAUUUCUCUGCGAUUAGUUACCCAAAUUUGCGCUGAACUUUCUGUUGUCUGUACUAGUUUCUGCUAUUCAGUCAAUUCCACAUAGUUUUUAAGCGAAGAUGAUCAUGUAGUGAUAGACAUGAUCAAUGGUAUCGUAUAGCUUAAAUUUAAAUAUUCUGUUUGCAGCCAAGGGAAGAUAAGCAUCUUUAUUGAAAUUUAUUUAGUAAAUGGUCCCUUGUCUGCUAGCGAUGUAAUAUUUCAAAUUCUGCUACUGAUAUAAUGUUUGAAAUCAUCAUUUUUCUUUACUGCCAAUGGAUCGAAAAAAAAAACGAUUUACUUGUGUCGUGUUUCAAAUAGAAAUAGUUGUUAGCAGAACAUCAGCAAGCUGUGCUUGGAUUGUAAUGUUCCAUUGUUUUGUUAGGAAUUUAAUUUUCUGAACAAAAAGUGCUACAGAGGACUAGGGAUAUGCCAUCUUUGCUUACAUUUUUUGUUCAUGUAGGAAGCUUAAAAGAGCCUAAUAAAUAAGCAAUGCCCUUCAUCUUCCAUGUUUGUCUUGCUUCUAGUCUUACCAUGAUAUAUGUAAUGUUGUGCAUAUGCUCCAGUCCAAUGCAGCACUGCAGCAGCAUUUCUGAAUUUCGACUCUUGAUGUCACGGCUCUUUGUAGCAGCAGGCCUCUGGUGUCAGCUUGAAGCCUCCAGGAUAAACUGAAACUAUCCUUGUGUUCCUGAUGACUGGUGUACAGGAACAAGAUUUUUUUUUUUGAUUCUGUGGUGGAUAGAUGGUAAGAAGACACUUCAUGCGGAGUUUGUCAUCUCAUUAACCGACCGAUCCGAUCUUUGCAGGUAAUUAACGUUAAUCACAUCAAAUCAAGGUGCAGAUAAGCUGUGCCGGAAGAUCUCUGAAUUGGCUACAUAGCAGCAGAUCUCCUCUACUGUAGGGCAUCUGACAAGAGUGGAAUCCUCCAACCGGUGCAAUAUGUGGGCCCUCAAGCUCCUGCCUAAGAUAUGCAUAUUCUGUCGGCGCUUUGCCCAGAGCGGAAGCCAACUGGAGACCUUCUCAAAAUCACUAUGGAUGGCGCUUUCGAUGAAUAAGGUGGAGGUGGUGGUUCCCUGGUUGGGGCUUCUAGAUUUGAGACCACGACGGCGCUGUCCAAUCAUCAUUGAAAGGCCAAGUACCUCUUGCUUUUUUGUUUUUGAGAAUCAACUACCUCUUGCUCUUGCUUAUGAACUUGUGGUCAGUAUUUAUUUAGGGAAACUUGUGGUUGAGUUUGUAAGAGCAUCUCCAAUAGCAUGUGUAUAUUUGGAUGUCUAUAUAUUCAUAUAGACAAUGGUCUAAAAUGAUUCCUUUAUAUA